UAGACUAGUUUCCCUCACUUCCAAUCCAAGCUCCCUCCCACUUUAACCCAACAACACAUUAAAGCUUUCAUCUUUCAACUCAAAGCUUCUGUCUUUAUCUCCAAUCUCUGUUCUCUAUGUCUCUUUGAAUGACGCAUUUUCAUGGCUUCGUGUUCAUCCAUUUUGGGUUCUGAAAUCUCUGCAAACGCAACACACCCAUGUCCAAUCUAUACGUCUUCGUCUUCCUCCUCUUCACUUUCUUCAUCGCAAUCCCAUUCUUUGUUUUCGUCAAACUGAGGAAAACAGAGCUCGAGCAGCAGACCCAGAACGACGUUUUUGAACUAGAGUCCGAGGCUUUGAUUGGGACUACCCACAAUGAAAAUGACCCGACCCGUUUGGACCCAAAAGGAUCGGGCUCCGAGGACGAGGAGAGGGAGGUGUCCGGCGGCGUUGAGAAAGUGAAGAAGAAGAGGAGGGCUAAGAAGAAGAGUAGUUCAUUACAUUUGGAAAAAGAGGAAAUGAGUGAGAAGGGGAGUUCGGGUCAGGUUUCGGGUUCUCGGGUCAAGGCUGAUGUGGUGUGUUUCUACCCGUUUACAUCAUCCACUAGUGCUACACAGAGGAAGAUCAAGAAGCAAUAUGAUGAGCUUAUGAAGUGUAAUGUAUCCAAGAAAUUGACACUCUCUCAGGUUGGACAGUUUGCUACGUGCUUAGUUGAGGCCAGAAAUGAGCUGCAGCUCAAGGCUGAUGCCAUUCAGCGUAAAUUCACAAUUAGAAAGGCACUACUGUACAAGGCAGAUAGAUCUUCUUUUGACCGCCUUCGUAAACAGAUAUGCAAGCUAGAAUUAGAACAGAAGAGACUGGAAGAGGAUGCAUCUGUAUACAAUUGGCUCCAACAACAGCUUAAGCUUUCACCAGCAUACAUGAAGAUGCUUGAAAUUAGUGCUGACACGGAGUUGAAGACCAAAUCCAGUGAGCAGAUGGAUAGUAAAGACGUAGAUUUUACUGAAAUUUCUUUUGAAGAUUUCCUGGCACAAGAAAAGAAGGAUUCAUUCUGGCAGAAAAGCAUGAAAUCAAGAUCAUGCUCAAGCUGAUGAGGGUGAUUCUAACUUUGCUUUGGUUCUUUUGGUUGACACGAAAUAUAUAUUUUCACAAAGCCAUGCAUUUGCUGUUUCUCCUUUUUCUGUUUCCUUAUCUAGAAGAUAGAUAGCAUGGAUUUCACCUAACUUGAAUGUAUAUACAAGGGUAUUGACAAAUUUUACACUUAUAA